CGACAGGAACGACCACGGCGAACUCGCCGGACUAUCUCCACGGCAGCCGUCCACGCCGAAAACCCAACUGUGGUCGAUUCGCCCUCUUCUGGCGAAGAAGAGUCGAGCAACGAAGGCGCUGCGUCAACGCGAUUUGCAGAUCUACCGGACGCGCUUAGUAGCGAUCAUCCCGCGCCAAAACGCCGACGCACAGUGCACACUGAGCAGGCGCCGCCGACACCCGUAGGCCACGUAACCACAGCCCAAGGUGAUUAGCGCGCUGAACCCGCUACCGCAGACUCGGUGCAAGCGAUAUUGCACGCGUUAGCUCCGUACUGGCAGCUUACGCCCAACAACUGCAACGAUUAUCGGCACCAGCGACAUCUCCAAGUCAAGUGACAGGAAUGAACCCGCCUCCAAUAUCGCAAGCAGUUCGACUUUCACCUUCCCCGUCAGACCUGAUCCCAGUGAACGAACCAAGUGAUCGACGACAGCAGAAUUUUCGCCCAUCUCGUGCCCAACAAGAAGUACACGACGCCAUCUCAGCACCAGCAUAUAUAGGUAAGGACGGAGACGUUUACAUGGACCAUGUACGGACCUCAACGGCAACCAAGUUUCUGGCUCAUCCGGCUAUCGCUUCCCGACUGUUCGACAUCGAGUUCAGCGCGUGCGACUUAUCCAUCCUGCAUUUCCCACGGUUCGCCCUCGACAGCCAACUCGACCGAUCAAAGGCUAAGGCGGUCAACAUGCGCAAUUUCUCCAGCAAAGUGGCGUUGCCCGAAUUACCUGAUAAACCCAUGUUCAGCGACCUCACCGAAGCUCUAUCCGUGCUUUACACGUUUGCAAAAGAGUUUUUCAACGAGGAGACAAGAGACAUCUUCGCGGCCGCUAAAGAUUUCGGGGAACAACUGGAGGAUUUUGCCCCGUGGAGCUCGUCCGAAGUCCACAUUCUCGCGUUCUGGUUCUCCAACAUCAUCGGAGCAUAUCGCCUUGCGGUUGUUGAAGACAUGCGAUCGGGGUAUAGCACGCGCCAUUCGGAAACGACGCUGUGGCUCGGCAAGGAGUUAAGCGUAGGGACCGUAAGGAACCUCAGGAAAUCUCGACCCAAGUUCCAAAGAAAGACGGACCGCCAGCUCUGCCUCCGGUAUGCUUCUGUACAAGGGUGUUCGUCCAAGAGCAAGGACCGGUGCCUGCAGAGCUUUUUAGCACAUUUUGAGCCGGCCGAACUACCAGAAGCCGUAGCGGCGUACAUACGGGACACCUAUGGCGGCGUUCGGACCUUCGCGAAGCAGGAAUGA